CAAUCAAAGUCCAGCCUUACUUAUAGAUACUGCCCCAGUAGGGGCAGCAAAAGAGAAUUCCUGUGAAUGCUGCUCCACACGACAUACAGAGAUGACUUCUCUUCUCCAGCCCCGAGAAUGUAAACUGACCAAAAAGCCCCAGAAGACUUUUGGAUUCUACCUGCGUCUUGAGAAAGACACAGCAGGACAUCUCAUCAGGAACGUGGAAAAGAACAGCCCAGCUGAAAAGGCUGGCUUGAAGGAUGGAGACAGAGUCCUUAGAGUUAAUGGUGUGUUUGUAGACAAGCAAGAACACAUACAGGUGGUGGAGAUUAUCAAAACCAGUGGGAAUUCUGUUGUACUACUUGUUCUGGAUGAUGCAUCCUAUCAAAAGGCUGAAAAGGAAGGACUAAACUUGGAAGAGCUUGGUCAAAAAGUGUCAACAGGACAGCAACAGGAGCAGCAGCCCCCACCAUCCAUGGUCAAUGGAGCAAUCACCGCAGUUCCACAACCCCGGCUCUGCUACCUAGUGAAGGAGGAGAAAGGCUAUGGCUUCUCUCUGAAAACCACAGAAGGACAGAAGGGGUUGUUCAUAGUAGACCUUUCAUCACAAGGAGCAGCUGCAAAGGCUGGUGUCCAAAAUAACGAUCGCGUGAUUGAAAUCAAUGGAAAAAAUGUGGAAAAUGACACACAUGAGGAAGCGGUGGAAAAGGUAAAGAAGUCUGAGAAUCGUGUUAUGUUUCUACUUUCAAAUGAAGAAACAGACCAGUAUUACAAGAGCCAGAAGAUGGUACUGAGCAAAGAGAGUGCCAGCCUGAGAUUGCUUCCCCUCAAACCACGACUUAUUGAGAUCCAGAAAGGAGAAAAUGGUUAUGGCUUUUAUCUACGGAUGGAACAAAAUACUGGUGAUCAUAUAAUCAAGGAUGUUGAUGCUGAGAGCCCAGCAGCCACAGCGGGUCUCAAAGACGACGAUAUUUUAGUAGCUGUGAAUGGAGAGCUGGUGGAUGGUCUGGACCAUGAAAGUGCAGUGGGAAAAAUUAAGCAGUCUGAGGCAAAAACCACACUGUUGGUAGUGGAUAAGGAGACUGACGCCAUGUAUAAACUGGCUCAGAUUUCCCCUUUCUCAUACUACUGCAAAGCACAAGAUCCAACUCCAGCUAAAAUGGAGGAAAGAGUGGAAUUGCACACUGAGCAGAAAGAGAACCACAAGCCAAGAAUCUGCAAGAUGGUGAAAGGGCCUAGUGGGUUUGGCUUCAGUUUAAACAUGAUUAAGAACAAGCCUGGACUGUUCAUCAAUGAGGUACAAAGCCAGGGACCAGCUGACACAGCAGGUGUAGAAAAUAACGACUUCUUGGUGGAAGUGAACGGCAUGAAUGUGAUGAAUGAAUCCUAUGACAAAGUGGUGGCAAGAAUCCGAGACAGUGGUGACAGACUAACACUACUGGUGUGCAGCAAAGAUGCUUACAAAUACUUCCAGGACCAGAACAUUCUCAUCACAGCCUCUAUGGCAGAUCCAGUCCAUGACACUUCUGAACCUCCUGAUUACACAGAAAAUUACCCAUCAGAGCCAGAGAGAAACUCACCUGAACCAAGGGAAAGGGCAAGCUCAUCCUCCUCUUCACAAUCAGCUGCCUCUACAAGAGCAGACAGUGACAACAGUGACGACACAAAGUUGUAAGGAGACAAACUAUGCCAAGAACAGAAAAAGAAACCUUCCAAAUCCUCUUUCUUCAAUCACCCUUUGCUACUACACCUCUCAGAAUUUGACUGCUCCUAGGAGUGCCAUACCUGUAAAGGACUGCAAUCUCUUGCUGAAAUGCAGCUGGCUGAGGUAAACACUUCAGUGUAAUUUGCAUUCAUCUAACACACUGCAAUUGUACUUCAUUGGCUUUCUGCCUUGUAAAGUGGGCAGUUAGUCACUUCCUUCUGUAAAGGCUUAAAUAAGUGUCAGUAGAAAAUUAAGUAUAGUGCAGCAGAAGGCAGAAAUGUUUUAUAGAUUCGUAAGCAUCUUAGCCUUUUAAGGAUAAGCUCUUAAUAAAGAGCAAUUGAUUUCUCCCCAUCUCCCAGGAGAGGCAGUUCUCCCCCUAAUCCAAGUCCAUCAGCUAAAGCUCUGUGGCAACUCUUCUACGUAAUACAGCUGUACAACUGCUGUGAAGUGGCAUAAGCCAGCCUACUCUGUGCGUUACACCCCUUUCUCCUGCUAACUUUGCAGAAAUGUCUUUCAAACAUUAAGCUAACUUCAUAAUUCAUAAAUCAAGACAUUUAAGCACUAUUCUUUCUCCACUGCAUACACUUGUGGGUCAUGGUAAUUAGAAUAGCGUACAUAAUUCAGUUGUGCACAUUUAACUCCAAGUCAACACCACAUUGUCUUGAAUAUGACAUAAAUGGCUUUGUAAUACUGCUGCUGUAUACUUUGUCUCUUUGCUGUACACUGAAGACAACCCAGAAAUAAAUUGUUUAGAGUGGCUAUUCCCA